AUGCCGUCGACGCGAAAGCUGCUACUGGUGUCAUGGACAGCGUCCGUAUCGCUGCUGUACCCAGCUUCAUCCUAUUCUCUCUUCAAGCACGAAACGAGUCCUCUGUUCACCAAGACGUUCCAAGUCCAUUCGCUCGACGCGCAGAACUACGACACGACGAUGAACGAUUCGGACAUCGUCUGGCUUGUAGACUAUUACGCUCCGUGGUGUCCCCACUGCCGCCGAUUCGCUCCCGAGUGGGAGAAAGUUGCCGUGUUUUACUCGGAGACAAGCAAAGUACAAGUAGGUGCUGUUGAUUGUACCAAGAAUAGCGAAAUCUGCAAUCAAGAGGACAUCCGUGGAUACCCUGGGGUGAAGCUUCACCACGUGCCAGCACAUGCAGAGAGGGCCCAGAUAAUGCCAAGAAGUGCUGGAACUAGUAAAAAGGUGAUUAUUUGGGCAGAAAAGCUUAUGGAAGAGUAUGGCAUCGAGUCUGGGAUGAAUGUGGAGAAUCUGGAUGCUCGGUUAUCGAAUUUCCGAAAGAAUGGCGUUGUAGUAGCUAAUGGAGACAAGGAAAUGAUUCUUUACAGCGACCAGUCAUUGGAGAUGAAGUACAACCGCCUGCACGAUGCAGGUAUUGCAGUGGUGUCUACGUUUGAGAAUGGGUUUUUCAUGGGGGCCGAUGUUUUGGAAGGAGAGCGAUACGAGAUUGCAUUAGUGUGGGUAACGGCACUCGCGGCAUCGUUUCCUGGGAAGAUGAAUCGGCAGGCGCUUGUGAUUCUCGUGCAGUCGAUGAUGACACGUAAACACUGGGAGCAUGCCGAGUGGACGGUGAUGCUGCAGAGGUGGCAGAAACUUGCGAGUGACAAAACUUUCCCGGUGAAUUUAUUUGCGUCAAGUGAUUACAAGUCCUGGGCAUUGUGCAAGACGUACACGUGCGGACUUUGGACACUGUUUCACACCAUAACAGCAAGUAAAAUGGAUGUCACUGAGAUUUCUACCGAGGAGCCUUGGAAGCCAAGUAAAAUAAUGGCGGCCAUUCGACUAUACAUCGAAAACUUUUUUGGCUGCGAGGAGUGUCGAGAGCAUUUCAUGCGCCUGAAUCCGGCAAGCAUUAUCGACAAGCUUGCCGCUAUUGAUAUCGAAGAGCCCCGUGCAGUGGUGCUAUGGAUAUGGAGGAUACACAAUACGGUAAAUGAGAAUCUGAAGAAAGAUCAGUGGCCAUCAAGGAAGGUGUGUCCAGUCUGCUACGUGGAAAACGGUGAAUCUAUAUCGCUUGAUCCCACUCAACUUCACGCUCGUGAAAUUGUUGCGUACGUCGCAAGCGCAUAUGGGCAGGAUGAUGAAGAAAUACUUGCCAUGGAAGCUAUACGGAACGGCAAUAUGUUUUUCCUGCGGCCAUCGAUGGAUAUUUUCAGCUCAUUGAUGAUCGUGCUGGUGCUAUUUGCACUGCUGGGUGUUGCCUAUGCGACAAAGAAUCAUCGCAUGUACCCUCGCAAGACAAUUGUGACGCGGCGCCAUUUAGCGUAG